AUGCAAAUCGGCGCCGCGAGCUCUGUCGUGCGACUGGUGAGCUUGUAUCCAAUAUCCGCGCACAAGGGCAGCGGUGGCCGGCCGCGCCGGGAGCACGGGGUGAUGAAGGGCCCGGACAAGAGGAGCAGCACGCAGGGGAGCGCCGCGUUCCAGUCGCUGCGGCUCGUCUUCGUCCUCGCGACCGUCAUGUGGGCGUCCUUCCUCUACUACCACUUCACCGCGCUCAGCGCCGGGGCAAUGAGGGCGACGGUGCUGGACGGCGCCAGCGCCGACCCGUGCCGGGGCCGGUACGUCUACGUGCACGACCUGCCGCCGCGCUUCAACGCCGACAUCCUCCGCGACUGCCAGAACACCAGCGACCAGUACCGCUGGCCCGACAUGUGCGGCUUCGUCAGCAACGCCGGCCUGGGCCGCCCGCUCGCCGACCCGCUCGACGGGGACUUCACCGGCGACAACGGCUGGUACGGCACCCACCAGUUCGCGCUCGACGCCAUCUUCCACAACCGGAUGUGGCAGUACGAGUGUCUGACGACCCACUCCGCCCUCGCCAACGCCGUCUUCGUCCCCUUCUACGCCGGCUUCGACUUCGUGCGCUACCACUGGGGCUACGACAACGCCACCAGGGACGCCGCGUCGGUCGACCUCACGGACUGGCUCAUGCGCCGGCCGGAGUGGGCGCGCGCGGGCGGGAGAGACCACUUCCUCGUCGCCGGCAGGACGGGGUUUGACUUCCGGCGGAGCAACAACAUGAACCCGAGCUGGGGCACCAACCUGCUCAACAUGCCGGGCGGGCGGGAGAUGUCGGUGCUGGUGCUGGAGGUGUCACGGGUGCCCCAUAGCCGGGAGUACGCUGUGCCGUACCCGACCUACUUCCACCCGAGGUCCGACGCCGACGUGCGCCGGUGGCAGGAAAGGGUGCGCGGUCUGGAGCGCCGGUCGCUGAUAGCGUUCGUCGGCGCACCGCGGCCGGACAACCCGUACAACAUCCGGCAGCAGAUCAUCGCGCAGUGCGAGGCCUCCGACGCGUGCCGGCAGCUGGGCUGCGCGUUCGGCACCAGCCAGUGCCACACCCCCGGCAACAUCAUGCGGCUGUUCCAGAGGGCCACCUUCUGCCUGCAGCCCACCGGCGACUCCUACACGCGGCGGUCGGCGUUCGACUCCAUGGUGGCCGGCUGCAUCCCGGUGUUCUUCCACCCGGUGUCGGCGUACCUGCAGUACAGGUGGCACCUCCCGGAGCACCACGAAACGUACUCGGUGUUCAUCCCGGAGGACGGCGUGCGGUCGCGGAACGUGAGCAUCGAGGCCGUGCUCCGGGCGAUCCCGCCGGAGACGGUGGAGCGGAUGCGGGACGAGGUGAUAAAGCUGAUACCCAGGCUGGUGUACGCGGACCCAAGGUCGAAGCUGGAGACGGUGAAGGACGCCUUCGACGUCGCCGUCAAGGGGAUCAUCGACAGAGUGGCCAGGGCCCGGGCCGAGGCGGCGGGGGAGGACUCGUCGUUCAGUCACGCCAUGGAGAUGUUUAGGUUCCGGAGAAAGUAA